CAUUUCGAUACUCACCGCACGGAUCGACUCAACCACAAGAGCCCACUCGACGGCCACUACCAGUGCCUGUACUGCGAGUUCACCCACGAGUCCAAAGGCAAUGUGAUUGAACACUGUUGCCAACGACACCCCGACUAUCAUAUCCUGUACUAUACGUCCAAAAAGGACGCCCAGACCACUGAAGAACCCUCACCUACCGGUGCUCACUGGGACUGGUCUGAGUUCGACAUUUUCAAAACAACUGAAACCCAAGUAAACAGAGUUACCUCAACAGACAAAGCGAACGGCGCCGCUGAGCGCCGGGAGCCCGCGAACGGCGGCCAACUCGACGACUACAUCGACGCCAACACAUUCAAGAAGAAGACCUACACAUCCAAUGUGCAGACGUCGCAACAGAAACAGAUGUCCGGUUUGAGUAGUAGACACCUGAAUAAGGACGACAUGCCGACCCACAUCGGCCGGGGAGCUCACGGGGCGGCCAAAUUCGCCCAACCCAUCGGCAAACCGUUGCGCAAAUCGAUGCCUCUGUCGAAAACGCCGGCGUUUUUGCAGCAAAAGGCCGAAAUGGAGCGCCGACUGGAACUCAAGGCCCGACCCGUUAAACAGUACGAGUCGUCCGACGAGGACGAGGACAGGGCCUCGAAAGUGGCCGACCGGAAAGGUAGUAAUAGCACCGACACGUCGGAUAGGGGUCCGGUGGCCAAGAAAACGAUUCCCAAACCGAUUGGACGCGAGAACCGGCCGUCGAAGCCACUGGUGUGCCGUCUGUGCGAUGGGAACGUACGGGUGGUGCAGAACGGGGGCGGCGGCGCCCAUCUGGCGAUGUUUCACCCGCAGCUCAAGGGAAAGGCCGAUAAGGGGAACGCCUUCUUCUGCGGCUUUUGUCGCAAAUUUGUCGCCUAUAGGGAUGUGGAGGUGAGGGCUCACCAGAAAACAUGCUCCAAAAAGGUGGACACCCCUCGAAACAUGUGUCUUAUGCUUCUCGUACCGGAAGCACUCAAAACUGAGUCCAAACUCAAGCCCCCAAUGAAACCCAAAUCCGAUUCGACGCCCAAACCAUCGACAGCUCAGUCGGUGUCCAAACCCUCAACAGUUCCUACGAUGAAGACGUCGAGUAGUGACAAGAAGCGUAAGUUUACGCCCAAAGGACUUAUACCCCUAUCGGACAGCGAUUCCGACAGUGAACUGAACCGCCCGUUCACUAGUAGAGCGACCGCACCGGCAGCUCGUGGCGUGAGGUCACCGGAGCCUAAGCGCCAGAAACUGUCCACAUCUCAGCCGCCGCGACCUAAGUCACCGGUGCCUCAGCGCCAGAAGUCGUACGACACGGCGCCGCCCGUUAAGCGCAAAUCGGUUUCAUUCAAACCGAUAACUGUUAACAAGUUUUACGCCACAAAGAGUGCCGACCACCGGAACCGCUCGUCAUCCGACUCCGUGAAGACUUAUCAGUCGUCGGACAGCGAUGACAACGACACGACUGAUGGGCCGCCACCGCAACGCAAGACCACAACCAUCGAGAGGGCUGACCCCGACUCCGACGAUGACGUCCACCCUGUCGUGCACUACGUCUGCCUCUUCUGCGACAUCAUUACCAGCGAUUGGGGCGAAGCGUACGACCACUUGUUGACCCACUUCGACGCCAUUCACAAGCACGUGGACGACGUG